UGCUGUCCAGCUUGAUCCGGGAUGCCACAAUGGAUCCAGUCACAUGUUAGAGAGUCACAUGGCAUACGAUAAUGGACAGUACUGUGCUUCAGAAUUCAUUAAAGACCGGCUGUACUUUGCCACUCUACGUGUCAAACCAAAGAAUACAGCCAACACGCACUACUUUAGCAUGGAUGAGGAGGUCAUAUACGAGAGUUUCUAUGCAGACUUUGGGCCGCUCAACCUGGCCAUGCUGUACAGAUACUGCUGCAGAGUCAAUAUGAAGCUCAAGUCCUUCACAAUGUCUAGAAAAAAACUGGUCCAUCAUACCAGUUAUGACCAGAAGAAGAGAGCAAAUGCUGCUCUUCUCAUCAGUGCCUAUGCUGUAAUUUAUUUGAAAAGAAGCCCAGAAGAAGCCUACAGUACUCUGAUAUCAGGAAACAACCCAGGCUACCUGCCAUUCAGGGAUGCAGCAGUGGGAGAGUGCUUCUUCAACCUUACUCUCCUCGAUUGCUUACAAGGAAUACGGAAGGCAUUACAGCAUGGUUUCCUUGACUUUGAAAGUUUCGAUGUGGAGGAAUAUGAACAUUAUGAGAGAGUAGAAAAUGGGGAUAUGAACUGGAUCAUUCCAGGAAAAGUUCUGGCAUUCAGCAGUCCUCACCCUCACAGUAGGAUAGAGAAUGGUUAUCCUCUCCACGCACCAGAGGCGUAUUUUGAUUACUUUCGCCAAAAUGACGUCACAGCUGUGGUCCGUUUUAACAGGAAGUUGUAUGACAGUAGGCGGUUUGAGGAUGCAGGAUUUGAACACCAUGACCUCUUCUUCCUCGAUGGGACCACGCCCUCUGACCUCAUCAUCAGGCGCUUCCUGCACAUAUGUGAAAGUACUGAAGGAGCUGUGGCUGUGCACUGUAAAGCUGGCCUUGGUCGUACAGGCACUCUGAUUGGCUGCUACCUGAUGAAGCACUUCCGGUUCACUGCAGCUGAGGCCAUUGCAUGGAUCAGAAUUUGCCGACCUGGUUCCAUCAUCGGCCCCCAGCAAAACUUAUUAGAAGAGAAACGGCACAGUUUGUGGGUCCAGGGUGACGUCCAUCGCUCCAAACAGAAGAUUAUUCAGCAAAGACUGAGUCGACGGCAGCAGCUACAGCAACAUCGUCAACCGCAGCAGCUUCACAACCCUGGCUCUGAAGGAGAGAAAAAGGAAGCCAUGUCCCACCUACACUCCAGCAUGGAUGACUUAUCAAUCAACACCACCCUUUACAAAUCUCACAGCUUGAAUGAGAGUAACGGCCAGGAAGGCAGUCUGACUCAAGGAGACAAACUGAGAGCACUGAAGGGAAAACGACCACCUAGAUCAACAUCCUCCUCAAGUUUUAAACUGUCCAAGGCCUCUCACGGCUCUAUUCUCCCACCCGUGAAGUCCCUGAAAGGCCCCAUCUCCUUCCCCUCUUCUAAGAAGCUUGUUUGAAGCUUGUCCUCCCUCGCCAUGCAGAUAAAGAGUAAUAGUAACUGAGGAACGGGAGAAAGCGGGAAGCAUAGUCGACGGAGCUGGAACAACCGAAGCAACCGGGGAAAGGAUACCAGACACCAGCACAAACUGCAUUAAUAAAGAGCAUUGAAAACUAA